AUGGAUGAGAGACAAAUUAUAUGCUAUUGUCGAUUUGAUGGGAAAAUUGACAAAAAUGAGAAUGGGGAAAUUAUAUACAUCGGCGGUGUCACAGACCCUUUUAUGAUAACAACAACAACAACAUACGAAUCAUUUAUAAAUGAGUUACAACAACGUUCAUCUUCAAACAUGAGUGGUAAAGUCAUAUAUUAUACCACCGAAUCUAACAAGAAUGAACUUUUGAGGAUGACGGGAGAAUCUGGAUUUAGAGUGAUGCUUGUAGUGAGUGGGCCCAUGCUAAAUGUGUAUAUGGAAGAUGCAGAGCCUGUAAUUGCAUCAUGCACAAUUCCUACUGAUCAUAGUGAGAGACAAUUUGUUGAAGCCACAUCGCCAAUUGGUCUUCUACAAAGUGUUGCGUCAACGUCUUCAUUUCCUCCGAUAAAUGCGCAUCGGGAUUCUUUCCGACACAUUGAUGACAUUCUUUGCGUGGAUCAGCUUUUUGACAGCCCAAAUGAUUUCAAAGAUGCACUCGUUUUGUUUGGUCUUCGUAAUCAUUUUCGGUUCAAGUACUUGGACAAUAGCAGAAAAUAUUAUAGAGUUGUGUGCGAGGUUAAUAAUUGUCCAUGGAAAUUAUCAGCUGGUUGUGAAGGAAGUGGUGAUAUAGUGAGAAUCAAGCGGUUUAAUAAUGUUCACACUCACACUGCUCAAGACAUUUCAGAUUAUAAAGCCAUUUUUUGGUCGAAGGAAAUGGGUCGAGCUAUUGUGAACAAGGUUAGGGACAAUCCUAAAUGCACCCCCAAGACUAUUUCCACAGACAUAAACGGUGAAUUUUCUGCUAAAAUGACUUACAUGCAAUCGUGGAGAGCUAAGGAGUGUGCACGUCAUAUCAUUGAGGGAAAUCCCAAGGAUAGCUAUAUUUUAGUCCCGUGGUUGUGUGAACGAAUAGCAGAAUAUAUUCCUGGGACAAUUACAUCGUGGGAGUGCACGGAUGAUAGGAGAUUUAAGCGAGUGUUUGUAGCUUAUGGGUGCUCCAUACGAGGUUUCAUCAACUAUUGCAGGCCCAUGUUAGCAAUCGAUGCUUGCCACUUGAGUGGCAAUUAUAAAGGAACAAUGCUUGGUGCAACGGGGUUCGAUGCGAAUGAUGGCUUGUGGCCUUUGGCGUAUGCUGUUGUUUCUUCUGAGAAUGAUGAUGAUUGGCAUUGGUUCUUGAGCAAGGUGAAAGAGAUUCUAGAUGGUCGCAUUGUGACAAUCUUAACCGACAGUUUAGGAUUGAGGGCUUCGGAUAAAGAGCAUGCGAAAAAAUUACUCGAUAAAAUUGCAUAUGCUCGAACUGUAGAUGAGUAUAAGAAUGCAUUGGCUGCCAUGCGGGUAUUUCGAGGGGAGUUAUGUGAUUGGGUUUUGGCGAAUUCACCUGAACAUUGGUCAAAUGCUAUGUUUACUUCCAAGCGUUGGGAUAAAUUAUACACCAAUCAAGCAGAGUCCUUCAAUGCAUAG